AUGACAAGUCUCGUACUCACUACAUUGGCCGAUGUGGAACCUCAAGUACCACCUGUCGCCCCUGGCUUGCGUAAAGUGCCGCCGUACUGGUACCCAUAUAGUACAUACGCGAAAGAAAGAUGGAUUGGCCGUGAGAUACUCGAAGUUGUUUCUACGGAAUUUAGGGAUCGCUCGAUGGAAUACUAUAGAUAUGCAUUAGAUUCUGGUGUUACUACAUUAAAUCGCAAACCCGCCAAGCCUGACACAAUAAUACAAGAUGGAGACCUCAUGGAGAAUGUCGUCCACCGCCACGAACCCCCCGUGACAUCGACGCCAGUCAGGGUUCUUUUCGAGGACAAGGAGCGCGAGUUUAUCGUCGUGAAUAAACCUGGCAGCAUCCCUGUACAUGCGUCAGGGAGAUACUAUCGGAAUACUCUGGUAGAAAUUCUCAUGACCGAGUUUGGCUUGGAGAAGGUAUACACUGUGAACAGACUGGAUAGGUUGACCUCAGGGCUUAUGAUCCUUCCGACCUCCACUGAGCGCGCUCGAUCCCUGACUAAAGAGUUUAUGGAUGGUACCAUAAAGAAAGAAUACGUGGCUAGGUGUAAAGGAGAAUUCCCCAAAGAAGAAGUCGUUUGCGAGGAGCCGCUGCUGACAAUCGAUAGACAGAUGGGUUUAAACGUUGUCCAUCCAGAAGGCAAGCCAGCGAAAACUGCGUUCAUUCGAAUUCGAUAUGACUCAAAAACUGACAGUAGCGUCGUCCUUUGCAAGCCUAUGACGGGUCGCUCACACCAAAUUCGCGUUCACCUGCAAUACUUGGGACACCCCAUCGCCAAUGAUCCUGUGUAUUCUGAGACCAAAAUCUGGGGCGCCGGCCUAGGAAGAGGUGGCGUUGAUCUCACUCCCAGUGAUGAGCGGUCCGCCCCCGCUCCACCUCCACAUCUUAAAGACAGCACCGAGCUCGACGGUAGUCCUGAGUCACUGGUCAAGGGCGGCGCCUCGUCUGCCUUGAUGUCUGGAACUAAACUUUUACCUCGAGAAACGGGGCGCGACAUUGGUAUGGGAUCACCUGUACCACUUUCCAGUGAAGCUGUAGGAAUCAUUACACGUUUAAGAAACAUGAAGGACGAAUCUGAAGACUGGAGCAGGUGGCGAGAUGUCGUUUUCCGCGCGAAGGAACCAUUACGGCCGCAGCAUUGGGCGUUAAAACCUCCGCCUCCACGUAACAAAAGGAAAAAGGGGAAGUCCGAGUCCGUCGAUGAGACUUUGAACGUGUUCAGGUCAGGAGAAAGCCCGAUUACACCAACAACUCCCGAUGAAGCCAUUCUCGCUACGAAUGCAGAACCAGAGACUAAACUACCUCAAUUUUCCCUGGACGAGGCAUUGGAGCGCGCGCAGGGAUUGGCACCUGUGGUGCAGAUUCCGUUAGUGGAAGCUGGCCAGCAUUACUGCCCCGAGUGCUACUUGCCGCUUCAUCCAGAUCCCAAACCAGAAAAGCUGUAUAUAUUUCUUCAUGCAUUGAGGUAUACCACGAGCUUGGGUGCAUUUGAGACAGAAAUGCCCGAAUGGAGUGCGCCAGACUGGGACUGGGAUAGAUCGAGUUCAUAG